CUCCCGGCUUGGGCGCCAUCUUGGCUCCUGAUCGAAUUUGAGGCGUGCGCGGCCAGGGCGGGAGCUUGGAGUAUAGGAGCCUCUGCGAGCGGAGUGAGGGGGGCCUUGUCCCGGUCUUGGAGAGCUGUAGUGGGCCGUGAAAUUCAGACACAACAGCAAGUGGGAUGGAGCACUACCGGAAAGCUGGCUCUGUGGAACUCCCAGCACCUUCUCCGAUGCCCCAGCUACCUCCUGAUACCCUGGAGAUGCGGGUCCGAGAUGGCAGCAAAAUCCGCAACCUGCUGGGGCUGGCACUGGGUCGAUUGGAGGGUGGUAGUGCACGGCAUGUGGUGUUCUCAGGUUCUGGCAGGGCUGCAGGAAAGGCGGUCAGCUGUGCUGAGAUUGUCAAGCGGCGGGUACCAGGCCUCCAUCAGCUUACCAAAUUGCGCUUCCUGCAGACCGAGGACAGCUGGGUGCCAGUCUCACCUGACACAGGCCUAGAUCCCCUCACGGUGCGCCGCCAUGUACCUGCAGUGUGGGUACUGCUCAGCCGGGACCCCCUGGACCCUAAUGAAUGUGGCUACCAGCCUCCAGGAGCACCCCCUGGCUUGGGCCCCACAUCAAGCUCCAGCUGUGGCCCACGACCCCGAAGAAGGGUUCGAGACACUUGGUCCUGAAGAUCUGCUGAGCAAGCUGUUCCCCAGGCAUGAAUGUCUAUGAUGGCUUUGCCUUCUCUGAGAAAUCUCUGUAACUGUUCAACAUCUCCAACAAGACUUGAAUCUACAGAAAGGAGCCUCCCUGUCCUGCUUCCCCUUCUCUCUGGUGUGUGAAAAGGGACUGCUACAGUGACAGGUGUGCAGUCUUAGGUGGCUUCUGGAUUGCUUAAGAAGGGCUUACUCAGCCUUCUCCCUACU